AUGCUGCAUCACGGGCAUGGGGAUCGCCAUAGCAAGUACGGCCCUUCCCGAGAGAUCGCGGACUUCGAGUACGCCGACGGGACGCCCUCGGCGAUCAGCCCCGCGCGGUUUUCGUUUAAACACCAUCAGGAUCAUCUCCUUGUGCAGCUGAUCCGCGCAGGGGCGGUGGUGGAGCGUUAUGAGGAGGAAGGGCUCCUGCCCCGCAUUCCGGGAACCCCCGAGCAGCGGGAUUGGGAUCCGGAGAUUCCGCUAUUUCUGGACGACCUCGACGAGCGCGGGCGGCCACCGAUCCCUAAGGAAGAUUCUUCUUCUUCCUCCCUUCAGAGUAAUGUGGUAGAGAAGAUGGUGGAGGAUCGCUUUCGAGCUCAAACGCGGACGCCAAUCAACCUAGCCAACCGCCACGCCGGGGAGGAGUUGGAGCCGAAUGUGAUGUUCGCCUCCUAUGAUCCCAAGGCGUUUGUGGCGGAUCGGAUUAAGGCGGAUUAUCGCCGGCCGCACUGGUCGCGGCGGCGCUGGGCCCUCACGGAUAACUUUAUGCUCCCCAUAAAUCCAAAACCGAAGAACACGAUACCAGAUGAUUAA